AUGGAUCAAAGUUCCUGCUACUAUGCUUCAUCUUCGUCUUCUUUCUCUUACUCACAUCAACAUCCACAAAAAGUAACCAAAUCCAACAGAUCUUCGUAUGUUAAAAAUCCCAUCACCAAGCCAUUCAUCGCACCAAUGGCUCCCAACCCACCUAAAGUUUACAACGUGGAUUCAUGCAAUUUCAAAGAAGUCGUUCGUCUGCUCACUAGCUCUUCGGAGUUUCAGAACCCGUCACCACGCUACCUAAAAGCUAUUGCUCCGCCACCUCUAGAUCUCUCUACAAUACCAAAACCAUCCUUAUAUCCCAAACUAGCUCCACCGCAAUCUGAUCUGGAUGGAGGAAUGGUGAGCCCCCUGCCGACCUUCAUGAUGUCGCCGGAUUUCUGCAAAUUCUUGAAUGAAACUUUGGAUACCAGUAAUACUUCAAAGUCACCUGAGACGGAUCAUUUCCAGGGUUGGAGUCCGAUGGAUUAG